AUGUACAAUCCUGCUCAAACCCCUUCUAACCGUGUCCCUGCAACUGAAAAUGGCAAGAAACCCGCUCAAGACAUGGAAAAUGCCACUGCAGCCGCUCAAGCUCCCCUGAGCGUUAUCCUUGCGAUUCCAACCCUGACCGCCAUCAAGGGUUCUCCCACCGCGAUUGAAGGCCUUAGCAACACCACCAAAGACAAGACAGUGAACCAAGAUAUUAUCCCGGCCAUUGUGGACGCUCAAGAUCAUCCAAACAUUGAUUUUGUGAUCCCGACCGUUGUCAAAGCUCCUCUGGGCACCAAUCCAGCCCCUGGCAACAAUGGAAUAGAAAAAGAUGAAGAAAAAUCUGGAGAACCAGCUGCAAAAAAUCCUGAAGAUGAUCACAAUGCUCAAUCAUCUGAAUCUUCAGAAUCUGCCAAAUCCGUUGAAUCCGCUGAAUCCAAAGAAUCCGCUCAGUCUGAAGAGUGCUCUGAAUCCGAAGGCCCUCAAGAGCCACAUGAAAAUAUACCUGCACCACCAGCUGGUAUCUACACCAAUCUUGAAUCCCUCAAGACAUUGGCCAAACGAUUUGCCCAUCUCAAUGGAUAUGCCGUCAGCAAGGAGAUCUGUACAAGGAAAAAGUAUCACUUUCAAAUGUGA